CGUGCGCACUUGCUUCACCUCACGGUACGCAAAGCCUUGGCGCGUCGUCACGACAUCAGCGUCCAUCCUGGUUUCUGUCAGAUCCUCCAGGCUCCAGUACCCCUUACUUCCAUCCCUCUCCGGACCGCAAAGCAGCUUCACAUCCGGCUUGCAUUUCUUGGAACUGCGAUAGUAAGCAUCUCGCACACCGGCUCUCCUACAACAUCAACAGCAACUGUACUCGAUAACGCCAUACCUCGAUAAUACUGCCACCGAUCACCUAAUCAUGAGCAAGCUCCCUGGUCCUGUGCCAGGCGUAAAGCCGAAGCUGUCGCUGCCAUACCUCCCUUCAGACGGCCUCCAUGCCGCCAUUCUCAGCCGUCUCCCUGCUUGGUACCAGCAGCAACAGCAGCAGCAGCAUGGGGGACGACCGCGUGCUCGAUCAAAGUCAAAGAUUCUGCCGCCGGGCGUCGACAACAUUACCAACCUCCAGACCUCGUUCAGCUUGUGGGAUGGUGUGAGGCAACUACAGAGGCGCAACUACACAACCUGGGAUCUCCAGUAUGUCUUCCUCGCCGCAUUGUCGCUCUUCUCGCUUUGGAUCUCGCCGCCGGCACCGACCAUCAAGUUGCUGGCCGUCAUGGGCAGUCUGUGGAUUCUGCUCAUGCCAGCAACCGGGCAGUUCUUCCGGCCAUCGAUGAUGAUCUGGAUCUGGCUGUUGUACUUCUUUAGCAGCAGAUUCAUCCCCUACGAUUACCGACCUCACAUCUGGGUCCGCGUGCUUCCAGCCCUCGAAAACGUGCUCUACGGCGCCAACCUCUCGAAUAUCCUGUCCGCGCAUCAGCAUCCCAUCCUCGAUAUCCUUGCCUGGCUUCCUUAUGGCAUCAUCCACUUUGCAGCGCCGCUCGCUUGCUCCAUCGCCAUGUUCAUCUUCGCCGCGCCUGGCACGACGCCCGUGUUUGCAAAGGCCUUUGGGUGGAUGAGCAUCCUCGGCGUCACAAUCCAGCUGUGCUUUCCCUGCACACCUCCCUGGUACGAGAAUGAGCACGGUCUCACACCGGCCGAGUACGGCAUGCCUGGCUCGCCCGCGGGCCUGGCUCGUCUCGAUGCCAUCUUUGGCUUCGAUCUUUACACCACCAACUUCACCAAUGCGCCGCUUCCCUUUGGUGCGUUCCCCUCGCUGCACGCCGCCAACGCUGUCCUCGAGGCCCUCUUCAUGAGCCAUUGCUUCCCCCAGUUCCGCGUCGCCUUCAGUCUAUACGCGGCCUGGGUGUGGUGGGCCACCAUGUACCUGAGCCACCACUACGCUGUCGAUCUGGUUGGCGGUGGCCUCAUCGCGGCCAUCUUCUUCUACUAUGCCCGCGCCCGUUACCUGCCCCGCCGUCAGGAGGGCAAGCUCCUACGCUGGGAAUAUGAGUUUGUCGAAAUAGGCCACGCUGCCGAGCUCUUUGACGAGGAGCGUGAUGGGUCCUACUUCAGAGCUGGCCAGCUGAGCCAGCGACGCGAAAGCUCGAGCGACGGCUGGACACUGGGCAGCGGAUCGAGCUGGACAUCCGGUAGCGGCACCCUCAGCCCAACGACACCCACAUCGAGCUCCGAGGGCUUCGAGGCACAGGCUGGCUGGUACGCCAAGCCUGAGCCCCGGGAGAUUGAGCUGUCCGAGGUCUUCUCCUCGCGAUGAGCGAGCGACUUGUGUGACACUACUACUAUUUUUGACGGCCGAUUCUUCACGACGUGCGAUACCUCUUCAUUCCUCACGGCCUCUUUUUCAUUUAUUUCUCUCUCCCAUGAGAGAAUACCAUACGAAUAGCAUCAACACAGCGGGGGGGAACAGUGCAUUCAGGCGUUUUGUGUAUACACCCCACGGGGACCCUAAUUCGGACAUGAGGCGCAUACCGUGUUCCAUAGAGAAUGGACAUGGGCUUACUUGAUAACGUAUAUACUUUAGUUUCU